CCUUCGCCUUGCCAUUCAAACAUGGAAGAAUCCUCGGGCAAGUCAAGAGAAGUUCCUCCUCAAGCAUCUGAAAGACAAUGCCAACACGGUAUACGGCAAGAGAUUCAUGUUCGAGAAAGUGAAUUCUUGUGAGGACUUUCGGAAGCGGCAUCCUCUGAUCACCUAUGAGGAUUACAAACCUUACAUUGAACGCACCAUGGAGGGUGCUGCUAACGUCUUGAGUCCGAAAACCAUGGGUAGUUUUGUGAGAACCUCGGGAACCACAGGACCCUCAAAGUUCUUCGGUCACGCGGAUAGGGCGGGAAUCCUGCGAGAAAGAUGGGAUGUCUUGUAUGCAAAUCUAUGUAACCUCUGUCCAAAGCUUCGCCUCAGUCAGAAGUGGCUGUAUCUGUAUGCUACCCCAGUCACGACCACUGCCAAAAACGGUGGGAGGAUUGAAACAGCUCUGACGUUACCGCCAUCUUGGGGACUUUACAAUUAUGCAACUCCAAAAGUUGGGUUCUCAAUCUCCUCUAUUGAGGCUUCAAAUUAUAUUCAUCUUUUAUUUGCCCUAAGAGAUCCUAGCAUAGGGAUUGUUUUCUCUCCAUUCAUCCUAAACAUUGAACACAUGAUGAAUCAGUUGGAACAGUCCUGGGAAUCCUUGGUCUGCGACAUCGAGCAUGGAACCAUCAAUGAUACGAUCAUCCUGGAAGACACCAUCUUGGAUUCCUUGAUUAGACAACUUCAAGGUGGGAACAAAGAGCGGGCGGAGGAGCUUAGAAGGCUCUUCCAGCAGGGUUUUGAUGAUGGAAUCAUGAAACGAGUAUGGCCGCAUCUGGAAGUGAUCUUAGGGAUAGAUGGAGGAGUUUGGGCCUCUCUCAAGAGAAAGUAUGCAAAAGGAAUAUCCCUAGUAUGUGGAGGGUACGGUAGCUCUGAAACCUGACGAUCGCUAUAUCUCCUUGGAUA